ACGACUCCAUCCCCAAGAGCGCUCGUGGUCCCCCAUUCCCAGAGCCGCGCCCAUCUUGUCGACACGUCCUAUACGGGGCGUCAAGUGUAGUGUCAUGGGAGUUCAGUCAAAACCGACCCCGAUUGGGCCUUGGGGUCGCGCAACAGCAGGCGCUGCUGGUGCAGUCUUCGCCAAUGCCUUGGUUUACCCGCUGGAUCUCGUAAAGACGAAGCUACAGGUCCAAGUGAAGCAGACCGACCCAUCCAAGGCAGCUUCCGACGAGCCGCACUACUCGUCCACAUGGGACGCCGUGAGUAGGAUUGCCGCCGACGAGGGCAUUUCGGGCCUUUAUGGCGGCAUGAGCGGCGCGCUGAUAGGCGUCGCGUCAACGAAUUUCGCCUACUUCUACUGGUACUCGGUUGUCCGCGCGCUGUAUAUCAAGCACAACAAGGCGCAGGGCAAUCCGGGGACAGUCGUUGAGCUAUCACUGGGUGCUCUCGCUGGCGCGCUUGCUCAGCUCUUCACAAUACCGGUUGCCGUCAUCACAACUCGGCAACAGACGCAAAAGAAGGAAGACAGGAAGGGCAUCUUCGACACAGCCCGUGAGGUCAUUGAGGGCGAGGAUGGCGUGUCCGGACUCUGGAGAGGACUCAAGGCGAGCUUGGUUUUGGUUGUUAACCCGGCUAUCACAUACGGCGCCUAUGAAAGGUUAAAGAGCGUCAUAUUUCCAGGGAAGACGAGCUUGAGACCGUGGGAGGCAUUCGUUCUCGGCGCAAUGUCCAAGUCACUAGCCACCAUCGUCACACAGCCCUUGAUCGUGGCCAAGGUAGGCUUGCAGUCCAGACCGCCGGCAGUCCGGCAAGGCAAGCCUUUUAAGAGCUUCGUCGAGGUGAUGCGGUUCAUCGUCGAGAACGAAGGCGCUCUUAGCCUCUUCAAGGGCAUCGGGCCACAGCUCUUGAAGGGGCUGUUAGUUCAGGGCAUCCUAAUGAUGACCAAGGAGAGGGUCGAGCUUUAUUUCGUCCUCUUUAUCCGCUAUCUUCAGACCAUUCGGUCGCGGCAGCUCACGAGGGCGGCGACCACAGCAGCGGCAGUGAAGAUUGUGGUGCCUCUGACAAGCAAAUGAUAGAACCAUGAUAUAAUCCAUCGCCAAGAGUUAUCGCCAUAUGAAGCCAGAGCUUGAGUUGGGAUAACAGCUAAGCUAAGGUAGGUGGUUAGAGCUGCGC